GUAAAUUCUAUACCUAUGCGAGAAAUGGAUGCACUAAAUAAAUAAUGUUGUUCAAUAAUGUCAAUCACUGUAGAAAAAUCCUGAGAUUGGUGUCUUAAAGAAGCAGAAUCAUAAAGCUUUUGUCCUUCAUAAAAAAAAAAGAAGGUAUUAUGUUAACUACUUCAAGUUGUUCAUAUGCAACCAAAAUAUAUUACUAUGAAUCAAAUAAAAACCAUAUAAAAUAUCCUAUUAAUCAAAUGAUAGUUUAAUUUUAAAUUCAAUUCUCACCCCCAUAAACUACCUUUGUAGUCGUAUAAAUUGGGAAGCUUCCUUCCCUGUUUUCAUCAUCAAUAUGCAAUUAACUCCUUAUUGAGAAACAGAUAAAGAGAAGUUAGCUAUGGCAGCUUUAUCCUCCAAUUCUUUAGCUGAAUUCCUUCUACUUCUUGUUGCCAUUAGUUCAUACUUAAACUCUAGCUCAGCUGCUAGAGUCACCACAAAAUCCAGCACAGAAUUCAUAAGAACAUCUUGUAGUACAGCAACUUAUCCAAGACUUUGCUAUACUUCCCUCUCUAUCCAUUCAAGCACGAUCCAAACAAGCCCUAAGCUCCUAGCCAAUGCAGCCCUUAACGUGACACUGUCAUCAGCUAAAUCAACUUCAACCACGAUAUCGACGCUCUCUCAAACCCAUGGCAUGAAGCCUAGGGAGGUGUCCGCCAUGAAAGAUUGUGUAGAGGAGUUGAGUGACGCGGUGAACGAGCUUGGAAAAUCCAUGGAUGAGAUGAGUCAUGCUAGACAGUCCAACUUUCAGUCGAUGAUCGAUGACGUACAAACUUGGGUUAGUGCUGCUUUGACUGACGAGAACACGUGCAGUGAUGGGUUCGCAGGAAAUGCCAUGAAUGGGAAUUUGAAGACUUCUGUGAGGGGAAGGAUUGUGAAUAUAGCGCGGUUGACUAGCAAUGCUUUGGCUUUGAUCAACAAUUAUGCCUCAGACCCAGAAAUGUUGGGUUGAGUGUGAAAUUAGUUGAUGAAACGAGAAAUCCUUCGCUCA